ACGGUUUUACACGAUCUUUUCGAAAUCGGCUACAAUAGAUUACAGAUAACGAUUAACGUCAACUUUACUCGACUCCAAGACUAAGUUAAUUAUUACUAUAUAAUAUUAUAUCUWGUUAUUAUUAUUUACAUUAGUAGACAUUGUGACGUGACUCGUAUUUCAGUGCUCAGUUGUAGUCAGUACUUAUUCAGUACUUCAGUGAUCGUUUGUUAGCUGGUAGAUGCUUGAUACUUUUCUAGUUAAUAUUUAACGGAAAUUUCCAUCCAUACCUUUUUUGUUCGGACGGACGCAUGUAUCCGUACACAAUCCGUACACACCUCUCGUUCUAUCACCAAUCGCCUGCAGUUGAGAAGAAAGUAUUGAUUCUUUACAAACUCGUAGUCUAACGUCUAUUUCAGCUGUACCCGAGAAUUGUCCGUAAUAUUAUUUGAUUUUGUGUAAUGGCAAACAAUACGUGGAAUUCAUGGGUCUCCUUUAUCCAAAAGGAGGGUACAUGGAACAUUUAUGAUGGUUUUAAACCUCAAAAAAGUUCCAACCCAGUAAAUUAUAAACACAAAAGUGUUGUUGGUCGCCCAAAUCGUGUAUUACAUUUUGAAAUUAUAUGGUCUACAGUUAAAAUCACCACACAUGUAUUAUAUUCAAUCUUGAGCAUUCAUGGAGAAAUACUACGAAUUGUUGUAUACAAAAAAUUUAAACAACUCAGAGCAUUUGUUGAAUUUAGCAAGGAAGAUUGUGCAACAAAGGUAUUUGAUAAAUCUAAUUAUAUCACUUUAGAUUAUAUAACAUUAAAAGGUGAAUAUGCCAAGCCUUCCAGUAUAAAUGUAUUAAAAAAUGAUAAUCUAACUUGGGAUUACUCAAAAUCACCCUUAUUAGAUUAUGUUAAUGGUUUACCUACAUUGAAAUCUGUUGUUACUGUGGUUUUAAAAGAUCCACCUCAAAAACUAAACAAUAAGAAAAUUAAAAAACACGAUACAACUUGGGAACUGGUGGAAAAUUAUGAUUUUAUUAAACCAGUUGAUAAACCCCUUGCAUCAGAAAAAACUAAAAAAGUACAGCUUGUUAUGACCGCAAACCAUGAAACCCGUAAAAUGCUCUCGACCAUUUCAAAUUCAGAAAAAUUUUCURUUCUUUCUGUCCGCGGUCUAGACCCAGCUAAAAGCAAUUGCAAUCGACUUUUCAGACUAUUGUCUAUGUAUGCAACUGUGGCUAAUAUAAAUUAUUUGCGCGAAUUAAAUUCUGCAGAAGCUCAGAUUAGUAAAUGCUAUGAUAUCAAUUCAUUUGCUCAAAUUCAACACCAUUAUCUUUCACAUGGAUUCAACUUAUCAUUGCAGUAUUUAAAAGAUAAGAAGAUAAAAAAUCGUUCUAUCAAUCCAUUUGUUUUAUCCGACGGAUCACCAUCAUAUAUAGUCUAUGAUCGAAAAAUGAUUCUAGAUGCACCAAGUCUUCCACCAUCUAGAGUGCUCCGAUUUGAUGGAGCUCCGUAUAUGAAGGAAGAAAAUAUCAUUUCACUGUUAAAACAAAAAAUGAAAACAGAAAAUGUUAAAGUACAACUGAUAACUUCAAAAGAUCCUAAAAAAAGUCUGACAAUAAGCGGUGAAAUUUGGUUUUCCACCAUAAGUGAAGCUAUUGAAGUUGUAAUGGAACUUAAUUAUGCAAUUUUUUGGAAUAAAGAUACCAAUAAGAAGGAACACGUGUUGAAAUUUUCAUUUAUUUCUGAAGUACUACCAAUACCUAAAAUAAUUGCGAUCAAAAUAGAAGAUGAUUGCAMAGAAAAUAAUCUACAAUUAAACAAAAAAAUCAAAACCGAAAAUUAAUUUUAAAUUUGUAUUUAAUAUUAUGAUUUUGCAUACUGCCUAUUAUGCCAAAAUGUUUUGGCAUAUAUUAUAAAAAUAUGUUACUACCCAUUUACAUAAAAUAAUGGCUCU